AUGUACUCAAAAACAUGGGUAGUUUUACUGGCCACGUCCUGGGCCUUCUUACAGAGUGUUCGGGCAGUGCCUCCCGCAUCUGAGGACACAAGCCUGGACCCUCUUGACGAGCGCGCAAUUUUGGAGAAGCGCGCAAUGCUGGAGGAGCGUGGAAGUCCAGCUGCUCUUAGCUCUUUCCUUUCUGAAGUUUCUGCGGCCCAAGCUACUCAAGCCGGCCAGGCUACGGCUGCACCUAUUGCUCCUGGCGGCGGUGCUCCUAGUGGUGGUGCUCCUAGUGGUGGUGCUCCUAGUGGUGGUGCUCCUAGUGGUGGUGCUCCUAGUGGUGGUGCCCCUAGUGGUGGUGCUCCUAGUGGUGGUGCUCCUAGUGGUGGUGCUCCUAGUGGUGGUGCUCCUAGUGGUGGUGCUCCUAGUGGUGGUGCUCCUAGUGGUGGUGCUCCUAGUGGUGGUGCUCCAGGUGGUCCCGGCGGUGGUGCUCCUCCCAGUGGUGGUGCUCCUAGCGGCGGUGCUCCUCCUAGCGGCGGUGCUCCUCCUAGCGGCGGUGCUCCUCCCAGCAGUGGUGCUCCUCCCAGCGGUGGUGCUCCUCCCAGUGGUGGUGCUCCUAGUGGUGGUGCUCCUAGUGGUGGUGCUCCAGGUGGUCCCGGCGGUGGUCCCAGCGGUGGUGCUCCUGGGGGCGGUGCUCCCAGUGCUACUAGCGGCGGUGCUCCAGGUGUAGCUGCUCCUGGUGGUCCCGGCGGUGCUCCUAGUGCUCCCGGCGGUGGCGCCCCUAGAGGUGGUGCUCCAGGUGGUCCUGCUGGUGCUCCCAAUGGUGCUCCUCCCAGCGGCGGUGCUCCUCCCAGUGGUGGUUCUCCCGGAGGAGCUGCCCCUGGUGGUGGUGCCCCUGGUGGUGGUGCCCCUGGUGGUGGUGCCCCUGGUGGUGGUGCCCCUGGUGGUGGUGCCCCUGGUGGUGGUGCUCCUGGCGGUGGUGCUCCUGGCGGUGGUGUUUCUGGUGGUGGAGGCGCUGCAUCUAGCCAUGUCAGUCCUUUGGGCGCAGCUGCACCUGGCGGCGGCGGAGCUGGUGGCAUGGCAUCUACUCCAGCCGUGAUGAACAGCGUCCCGCAGUCGACACCGAUAUCUGUUGAACUGUGCCCGGGCUCGUUUGCCUCUCUGUGUGCGGCUUGUCCCUCAGUCAUCGUCACGACAACUGUCACCGUCACUAGCUGUCCGCCUGCAGCUCCUCCUGCAGCCUCUCCUCCUGCUGUCUCUCCUCCUGCUGUCUCUCCUCCUGUUGUCUCUCCUCCUGCUGUCUCGCCUCCCGGGGGAGCCGGAGCCGGAGCCGGUUCUAGUGCUAGAGCUGAAGCUAGCGCUCCUAGCGGUGCAGGUGCGGGUGCAGCUGCAUCUUUGUCCGCACCUCCAGUCGGACUCAGCGCUCCGGUAUCAUCUCGCCCAGUCGGUCCAGGCAACAACACCAGCGUGGAACGUUCUUCCAGCGAACGGGUCACUCCUCCAACAGUCAGAAUAUCGACCCCGUUGACCCCCAUCGGCGGUGGUGCUGGUCCCAGCACGAGAACCGAGGUAUCGAGCACGCCUCUGACACUCCAAACGUCGGCAGUAACUGGUGCUCGUGCCGGAGCUGGCGAAAGCUUAUCCGUAGCUCAGGCCACUGUCAGUCCGGGCAGACCAUUGAUCACCCCCGGUGUCGUGCGUCGCGGAGUUGUGGGUAAUGAGACGGCCCUCUUCACCAAUACGACCACCAGCAUCUUCACGAACACGACCAGUCUCCUGAAUACCACUGAGCCUUUGUCGACUCCGCUGUCUGAGGUGGUUACGACUUCGAAUGGGGCAAUGCCAGUUAAAUUCCGUCGACUACGGGAUCGGGGUUAG